AAACAAAAAAUAAAUAAACAACAUAAACAAAAUAAACCUCGAAUCACCAAAUCAGUCAAAUCAAACCCUGUGGAAACUGGUGAAACCUCGGGUAAAACCAUAAGAUACUGAUUAGACAUUAUUACAUCAGUACAAGAUACUUGAACUUGAGCCAGGCGCCAGAACCAGAAACCAUCAACUGAAAAUCUCCAUAUUUUUCAAACCAUCAGAAUUAUGUCUGAAGAUAUGAAAUUUGCUGCAUUAGACAGACUUUGUAGAACAUGUCUAUCUGAAAAAAACGUAACAGAACUUCGAUCUCUGUAUGAAAAUUCAUUGGAACACCAUCUCAAUGAAAUAACAUCUAGGAAGGUUGAGUUGAAUGAAGGUUUACCCAAUUGCAUAUGUGAGGACUGCUAUUUCACACUUAAUAUAUCAUUAAAUUUCAUAAACCAAUGUAGAAGGUCAGAAUUACAGCUGAAAAAUUGGUUUUCUAACAGUCAAACAAUCAUUUAUAGAUCUAUUGCUAUUUUGGGGGAUAGUCCAGGUGAAAUACAUCUACAAAAUUUCACAGAAAUCAGUGUUGAAGAUUCAUCCAAUAAAGCUGAUGUGACUAAUAUUUCAGAUGUGAUCAUAGAAUCAGAACAAGAUAGGAAUGAAUGUCCAGAUAGUAGUCAUGCAACUUUUACUGACUUGGAUAUUUGCAUUGAUGAUAAAGACAUCCAGAAAGAUAAAUCACAAGCAGAUUCGUCUGAACUUCUAUAUAUGGAAAAUUUGAGGGAAAAUUCUAUAGAAAUCCAUCACAUUGACCAAAAUGAAGAUAUCUCUGAUUUGACAUCACAAGCAGUGCCUAUAAGUCUUGUUCCAAAUCCCCCUAAAACAAAAUCAAUAGAAUUUCAGGGGCCCCACAGCUGCAUCCAAUGUGGCAAAAAAUUCCAAUCUGAAAUUUCUCUGAAGUCACAUAUGGUAAAACAUGGUGAAAUAAUCAGUUGUGAAAUUUGUGGUCAAGAAUUGAGUGCCAUGCAACAUUAUAAAUUACAUAUGUUGAAAAACCAUCCCGAUCAUCGACCACAUCAAUGCAAAGAAUGUGGGAAAAGCUUUUCACAACAAACCAGUCUCAAAAAACAUAUGCGCACGCAUGGGGGUGAGAAGAAACAUUUAUGCACAGUUUGUGGAAAACGAUUCUAUGAACAAAACCAUCUUUCAAUUCACAACAGAAUACAUACAGGAGAGAAACCAGUAAACUGUACAUUAUGUGGGAAAAAAUUCGCAUCCGCACAUGGUUUACUAGUACAUAAAAAAAUACAUACUGGAGAGAGAAACUAUAAAUGUGACAUAUGUGAUAAACGUUUUGCUCACUCCUCUGUUCUUAAGACUCACAAAAGAACACAUACAGGAGAAAAACCUUAUUGUUGUACUGAAUGUGAUGCAUCAUUCAGAACUUCAUCAUAUUUGAGGAUACACUUACGUACUCAUACUCAGGAAAAACCCUAUGACUGUGAAAUAUGCCCCAAGUCGUUCGUUAGUCGCUGUGCUUUGUCAGCACAUCUGAUAACACACACCGGAGAGAAGAAAUUCAAGUGUUCCGUUUGUGGUAAAACGGCAGGUCGAGCAGCAGACCUUCAAAUUCAUAUGAGAUCGCAUACAGGAGAGAAGCCCUAUAUGUGCGACCGAUGCCCCAAACGCUACCACACGUCCAGCAACCUAGCCACGCACAAGCGCACGCACUUAGGCGUUAGGGACCACGUGUGCGACACGUGCGGCAAAGCGUUCGGCGACGCUCGUACGCUGAAGAGCCACUGCAGGACGCACACCGGUGAAAAACCGUUUUUGUGCGCGGUCUGCGGCAGCCGGUUCACGCAGUCCGGGCAGUUGGCGGUGCACAGGAAAAUCCACCAGCAGCCGGGCAUUUUCGACCAAUAAAAGAUUUAGGAAUUGUCGGUUUUUUAUUGGCCCUGUCUGGAACCACGCUAACGAGGACAUUGUUUGAAUGGGGAAGACCAUACUGAUUUUUUAAAACGACAUCAUCCUGAACUCUAUACUGAAAAACUACCAGUGAAUCAAUUUUGAAUUAUUCCAUUCAUGCUAGGACGAUGAAAAAAAUAAAUUAGAAUAUGUCUAUUUCGAAACACACAAUUCCUGCGCCAUUCGACAUGGUGUCGAUUCAUUGGUGUGACUGGUGCGACGUAUUAGUCCCAAUACGCCUAUUGUCCUUGAGCUGACCAAUCACACUGCCACACUGCAGAAUGGCAAAAGGUAUCAGAGA